AGGGUGUCCCUUCUGGUAUCCGCUCCAACUGUGACGAAGGUUGUUCCUCUCUCCUCCCUCCACCCGUUUUGUUCCGGUUUGCCCCGCCUCUCUGACAGUCUGGGACUGCUUGUAUUGAUCAGCAUAAAAAGCAAGACUUCCUGCUGAAUCCAUUUUUUUAUCCCAUAAACACUGCUUUCUAUCAUCCUUGGACAUAUUCAGGAAUUGCUCCUGUAUUAUCAAAUCCCGUAUUCCUCCAAAGCUAGUUACAUCCUGUCCAUUGAGCCAUUUCUCAAACAGAUCUGUUAUCUGCUUUACAUAAGCCACAUUACUUAGCCCAGGUCCUCUCUUAAGGGCUUUCACUUUUACUCUGUAAGUUUCAGGUGUAACUUGAAAUUGUUUUAAAACCAAACCCUUGGAUUUAUUAUAGUUCAAAGCCUCCUCAACCGGCAUCUUAUUGAAUAUAUCCAGAGCUCUUCCAGGCAAUUUUGCGGCCGAUCUGGUCAUCUUGUGAGCUUCAGGGAUUUGAUGGAGUGUGCACAGUCUCUCAAAGAGACCCUCAGUGCCCAGCUGGAGGAGGAGGAGGAGGAGGAGGAGGAUGUGUCCCCUGAACAAGACACCAUCAGGGUCAUCCAGCAGCACCUCCAGGGCAGAGCUGAGUGGGUGGAGGACAGGGCCAAACAGCUCCGCUUCCUCCAUGCUGUCCCACGUCUGUGCUUCUCGGCACAGCAGCAGGGGUGGGACACUCUGGAGCCGCACUUCUCCAAAGCGGCCCUUGUGGAGAGCAUUGCGGAGCUGAUUGAAAAUCUGCCCAUGGCAUCUGAGCCGAGCUCCAUCGUCUCCAGCUCCAUGGCCGCGGUUUGCAGCCUCAGCAAACUGAAGCCACCACUUGCCCUGGAGCUGGAGUCACGCCUCCUGCGGGCUCUACUCUACACUAUUUUUACCAUGGGCACUGGGCAGGACACCACCCACUUCCAGGCUCUGCACAACACCUACUUAGAGAGCCUGGACAGCAUGCUCGGGGGCCUGCUGGCAGAGACCCCCACCACGGACAAGCUGCAGCACCUCUUGGAGCACCUCCAUUUCUGGCUCGACUCCAGAAACACCCAGGAGAGAGCUAGGGCCAUACGGAGCAGCGCUGCCCUGCUCCGAUUUGCCACCUCCCUCUCCGGAUUUGACACCUCCUCCGAUUUCCCCAAGGCGGGAAACUUUGUGCUGCAGCUGGGUCUCUGCAUCUCUGACCCAGCCGAUGACAUCAGCCGGCAAGCCAGGGAUGGGAUCUAUUGGCUGCAGAGGCUCCUGCUGCAGAGGAGGGGGCUGAACAUCAGAGAGGAGAGCGAUCUGUGGUGUCGGGACGGGCUCCAAGACACCGAGCGCCUGGCGUACAGGAACAUGGCCAGGGUGGGGGAGGUCUUUGGAGAGAUCUUCACGGAAGGCCAGAAAAGAUCUUUCCUCCAGGCAGCGCUUCUGGCCAUACAUGACCCCGAGAUCCGUGUCAGCCAGGCUGGGCUUGUGCUGACAUAUUCUAUCCUGGGGGAAGCCGGCCAGCUGAUUGGGAACGAGCAGGAGGACGUGACAGCGACGAUCAUGGCGCACCUGUUCUACAUCCGGUGCCUGCGCCAGGUGCCCAAAGCGCUGCAGGGGCUGUGCUCCGUGGGACAGCCUUGAAGGGCCCCCCCUUCCCAUGCCCAGAAGCUCCCACUCCCUGCCGCAGGAAGGGAGUCCCCCGAUUAGGGGUCUCUAGGGAUCCAGCUGGGCAGUGCCUAGGAGAACCUGUAAGUCAUCCUGGUUCCCGCCUGCAUGCACCACCCUGUCCUGCCCUGCCCUCCGGUUCUUCACUGUUGACUCUGGUUUGACCCUUGGCUCCGGUCUCUGAUUAUGACUUUGGCGUGACCCUUCUUGGCUCCAGAUGUUGCCUGCCCACCUUGAUUCCAUAUCUCCUUGCCCUUCUUUAGCCCCGCUCCAGGCCCUCCACUGACCCGCUCCAGCAUUGCCUUCUCCUCCUGAUCUUCCCCAACCACUCGGACGUUGACUACCCGGCUUUGACCCUCGGCCUGUAUCUGGACUCUGGCUUGACAUUGACUUGGCUGAUCUUUGCUCUCUGACUACCGGGCUAUGACCUUUGGCAUGGAUUUAGACUCUGGCCCUGGUUCUGCUUCUGCUUUGUCGAUGGACUCUGAUCUCGGUUUUGACCCUGGUGUGUCCCUGGACCUUGAUUCUAGCACCACUCUUAGCCUCGGCACAAUCCUGCACCUUGCUGCGACCUGCGCUCCAACCCCUGGGCAUCAUUAUCAGAUGCAGUACGUGACAUUAGGUGGUGCAACUUUUUGGAGAAAAGCAGGCUCUCCGCAAGUCAGUGGCCUGUAUGCAACAGGGACACACCACACCAGGUGUGAACCAGGGCCUCACUACAUGAGCCUGGCCCGAUGAUGUCCCUGCUGGAGUUGCGCAAUGGAAAUGACUGAAAAUGUCGGGGUUCCUUGAACCAGCCUCUGCCCCUGGACCUACUCCACCUUCUUGACUCGGACACCCGGCAUUCCUGAUCAAUACCCGGAUUACAUGGAUACCUUUGAAAGAAAUGGGGACUCGUUGCCUCUGCACCGGGACUAUGACUGCCCUCUUGACCUGCAACCUUGGUUGAAAGUUGCCUUCACCAGUAUUUACACAUCGGUGGAACCAGAAUUAGUGGCUCUCCCUGCGUACAGGCCUGAAUACCGGUCCUAAGAGUUUAUGAGCAAAUAAGCGUUUCCCACAGGUGCCCAGGCCCUUUUGGGGAAGAAGAAAUGUGGGACUCUACUAUGUCUCUCUUUAGACAAUCAGCCCCUGAAAAAAAGGAUCGUUUGGAACCAUAACCCCCUGUUGGGAAUCCCACAAUUGUUGGCUCGCAGGAAAUCUGCAAAGUUGUUCAUCAAACUUCAUCUGUGAGGAUUUCCAAUCUAACACUCAUUUGGGCAGGGGACAAAUGGAAGGCAGAUUUCAAAGCACACUAUGGACAUUUUAACUGUCAGACAUGCGAUUUGAGCUAACUAACGGUCCCCUGCCCUUGCAACACUUCAUCAGUGAUGUAUUUGGGGCCAUUGUGGAUCCGCACAGUGUCAUCUAUUCAGGUGACAGACUUCUUUUUUUUGAGAACCGAGAGCAGCAUGCGCACCACACCUGAACCUGGAGAGGUUUCGGCAGCAUGGUCUCAGCACAGAAUUGGAAAAGCGUACCUCCGGCCAACUCUCCACAGAGUUUUUGGGGUACGUCCUCUCCCCGGAAAAUGUUACGAUUGAUCCAAAUAAGGUGGAAGCCAUUCAUAGAUGGGACGAAGUUUGAAGUCCUCAAGAAGACCAUCGUUUCCUAGACUUCACCUGCUUUACUGCUGCUUCGGCCCAGGGUUCUCAGAGCCAAUAACCCCCACGAGAGCUCUCCUCCACAUAAUGGCCACGUUCGUUUGGUCACCCAAGUUCCAAAAAGCCCGCAAACAGCUCACAACUGCCUUCACUACUGCACCUAUUUGGAGGCUCAGCGCUCAUCCUGGAAGUAGACGCAUCUACUAUGACCACCAGGGCCUGCUUCAUUUGCUGGUGCCAGAUGUGUGCUGAAAUUCAGACUUAGCUUGACUGAGGUGACUUCUGCGCUUUCACCAAGGCACCACGCACCAAACUCCUUGGCAUUUCAGGCCUCUGGAGACCCUGCCCUGGCCAUGGGCAGCCAUUGCCAGGAAUUUUACCGAAUCAAAUGGCCACAUGAUGGAACUGACUCUCAUAGAUCACCUGACCACGAUGGUGCGCUUCAUCCUCUUCUGAACAUGUACCAUCGAUUGAGAGGACAGAUCAGUUCCGAAUUUGCAAAGGCCAAUGAAACCUUUAUUUUGCUAAAUGUAGAUUUCCCACUGAUUUCAUGUCAUGCUACAAAUGACCUCUCCGAAAUUCCCAGCUAUCGACCUGGGUCAACAAAUCCAUCACAUGCAAGAAGAAUGAAGGGAGCCCCUUCAGGACAGUAGGAAGGAGUUCAGAUACUGUAUGGACUGCUGAUGGCUCUGGGAUCUGUCCAUGUCGCCAACAGCAAUGCAGCCUGCAGCUGGCCGGGCUUGGGGAGCCAUGACCUCAUCCUGUGAAAUCGAGAAGUACUGGCUCUCAGGGAUGCUUAGAUGGAAAACCACACACCCCACCCGGAGGUAGGAGCCACCCAUUCCCAGGUUGUCCUGAGGAGCCACAAUUCCUCCAGGAGCUGGGGAAGGGCACAGUGAUCAGUUUAUCUAAAGGUAGGGAAGGAUCGUGUAAGGAGAAGGUCUAAGAGAGAAGGAGCAUGAGCUACUCUCUGUAUAUGGGCGUGGCAGGGCUCAAGAGAAGGGACAGGGGCUGUUAGAGGGCAAUGGUGAGGUACAAGGGGUGUCAGAGGUGGGGGCAAGGCCUGAAAAGUUCAGAUACAUUAGAACAAUUGUGCCAGAGAAUCACCGGUUGAGGUGACUGAAAGCUCUGAACUAGGGCUGGCCAAAAUCAUCCUCCUCAGAUGGGAACAUCCCAAAAGUCUGCAGAAGCUCAGCCUCUGAGGUGAACGUUGUGGCCCCAACCUCUCUCUGCUCUGUACCUCACAGGAUUCCCACUGGCUGUUCCAAUCCAGGAUGAAAACUAUGCCACCGAAGUCUCACAGCACCUGGGCAGUGAAGUGCCACUUAAACCCGCUGUGAUGCACAGACCUUGCCCUGGCUGUCUGCCCAGGGCUGAAUUUCACCCAUUCAGAGUGUGCUAAGCAGAUGCUACCCUGUAAUAAGAGGAAACAGAAGCAAAAACUGAAAGAAUGUUACUUAAACCAAUGAACAGAUGCAGAGAGUGGAAACACAGCAAAGCAAACAAAUGGAUCCUGAUCCCCAAAGGAGGUGUGAGGAUCUUCGACUCUAAUGUCUGCAAGAAGCUUCAGCCACCUUCACAGGGUCGGACUAGCCGUCCAUUGCAGAGGUGAAGACCAGAUGGGAGCUGCUGGAUUGACCUUGAUGUGCCAUGUCCUUGUGUGGAUGAAGGACCUACAUCUCAGGGAUGGCCAGCAGCAGAUGUACCAUGUGUCCAGGAAUAGUCUGAACACCCUACACUGACAGAUCUCAGCCGCUCAGCAGAAUGCAGGAGAGCCGAGUGCUGAUGGGCUAGAGGGGUCACAGGAGUCACCGUGCAGCAGCUGUGGUGUCUGCAGUCAGCAUGGGCCAAACCCUGCGCUCCAGGCUGUUUCUCUGGAUUGCGAAGGGGAGUUUGGCUUGGGGAAUCGGUUGCUGGUGCCUGUGUCCACAACUGGGAUGUUUUCAGGAGGCUACUCAAUGGUCCAUGAAGCGCCAUCCAAGCAAGUGGAGAAUGGACAUUAAAGAGCGAGGCUGGGACCUCCGCGGAGCUGCUGCAGUCCAGCAUCCACAGCCAGAAGAGAGACAAUGGGAAAGGUACUGAGAUGGCUGGCCACAGCAGCAGCCGCUGUGCUGGAGGAAGGAGGGCACAAGAGACAUAACAGGCAGGCUGCUGCUUACCUGAACCCACCUGAGGAGAACAGGAAGUCAGCUAAGGUAGUAGGAGCCAGUUAGGCCCUUAAGACGCUGAUAUCUUCCCUCACUCAGGCCCUGCUACCAGCCUGCUUAUUUGUCCCCUUCAAUUGAGUCUUGAGAGCCACUAUAGCUGGCACAGAACAGCAGUCGUGAGUGAAAGAAGAAAACGUCCCUCUGAGGCAGCAUUCAGAAAAAGAGAAAAGCUUCUUUUGCUUUCUUUAUCUAAGCAGGAAGGAGCUCUCCUGAGAUACGUAGACACAAAUGUUCAGGGUGAGCCUUCCGGCCCCAGUGAGGAUGUGAGUGGUGAGGAGAUGCCUGAUCUUCCAGUUAGUCAGAGUGCAGGUGACCUGGCAGCUACUGCAGCAUCCAUAUCUGCAUCUCCAAUGGAUGUAACCAUGCACGUUCCUGAAGAAAAGUGUAGAUCAGAGAAGAGUGUGGUGGAGGCGCACGAUACUGCUGCUGCUGAGUUGAAUUCCUUGAGUCUAGAUGAUCCAGGACUGUGGACCCACUUGAGCAGUAGCCUGAGGGACUUCCUUGUACUGCAUGGGCCACAGCAAGUGAAAAACUUCAUGUUCCCAAAAAGACAAUGAAAAUAGUAGUUCCCAUCCAACACAUUACUGGCAUGAAAUCCCCAAUGGUGACAAAGUGGAGAGGCCACGGCUUAUGUAUUCAAAAAUUGAGAAUACUGCAUUCUAAUGUUCCAGCCACGUUGGGUUCUACAGAAACAAAGGACUGGAAAAAUCUGGCUAGAAAUCUGGCAUGCCAUGAGAAGGCAGCAAAUCACCAGAGAGCAUUCCAUAGAUGGAAAGAGCUUGAGAUGCGACUAAGGUUAAAGGCCACCAUAGAUGAUCAGCAUCAAGAGAAGAUUGCAUCAGAGUCUCUUUCCUGGCAAAAUGUUCGGAAAAGGCUCCUUGCCAUUGUGAGAAUGCUUGCUACCCAAAACCUAGCACUGCGUGGCAUUUCAGAUCAGCUGUAUGUGCCAAACAAUGGAAACUUCCUUAAAAUUGUGGAGCUGAGUUUGGUGCUGUACUCCAGGAGCUUCUAAGAAGUGUCAUCACCCAAGAAAUGUACACACACUACUACCUUGGAAAACCAUUCAAAAUGAGAUCAUUCAGUUACUGGCAACAAAAGUCAAAUGGAUGAUUGUGGGAGAUCUUAAGUCAGCAAGAUAUUACCCUGUUAUUCUGGACUGCACACCUGACAUCGGCCAUACGGAACACAUGCCUUUAAUGGCGAGUGUUGUGUGCAGGCCACAGAAUCUCACCCACCCACUCCUGCAAUAAACCUCUCACCUGCGUCUGAGCUACUGAAGUCCUCAAAUCAUGGUUUAAAGACUUCAAGGUGCAGAGAAUCCUCCAGCAAGUGACCCGUGCCCUAUGCUGCAGAGGAAGGCAAAAGAACCCCAGGGCUUCUGCCAAUCUGCCCUGGGGGAAAAUUCCUUCCUGACCCCAAAUAUGACAAUCAGCUGAACCCUGAGCAUGUGGGCAAGAUUCACCAGCCAGAUACUACAGAGAAUUCUUUUCUGGGUAACUCAGAUCCCAUCCCAUCCAACAUCCCAUCCCAGGCCACUAGGCCCCAUCUACCACAAAUAGUCAAAGAUCAAUUAAUUGCCAAAAUCAUCUUAACCCAUCAUACUAUCUCCUCCACAAAUUUAUCAAGCUUAAUCUUGAAACCAGCUAGGUCUUUUGCCCCCACUGCUUCCCUUGGAAGGCUGUUCCAGAACUUCACUCCUCUGAUGGUUAGAAACCUUCGUCUAAUUUCAAGUCUAAACUUCCUGUGGAAGUAACAAAAAGGGAUUUAAGUGCAGUCAUCUUAGUUCUGUUGAAAAGAAAGCAAAAGUCAGGCUAACUCUAAUUCAAAACUUAUAAAGGCAAAACUGGUAAGCGUAUAAAAAUUGCAAAGCAAAGCUGGUUUUAACCUUGCCUUACAAUAACAAUAAAAUGUAAUUGUUUAACAUUUUUUGCUACAAAUAAAAUAUAAAAAAGUAUAAACAAAACAAAGCUUUAUUAUAACAUAAAUAAUAAAAAGCCAUAAAUACUUGCUUUACAUUUUUUAUACUUUAAAAAUUUGCGUAAGGACACUCUGUCCAAACGGACGUCUUCCUUCUUGCAAUUGCCUAAAAAUAAAACUGUCUCUAACUUGUUGCAUCCAAACUAAAAGUAAGAACUUGUUUUCUUCCACAAUUUGGUGCCGUGACUCGGAUAACGAUGCCUGGCUAAAACAGCAGCAACUACUACAAACCGUUCCCCUUCAAAGCCCAAAGCGCCAAACAAAAGGUAAAAAAAACCUUUAAAAAUCGAUACUGGGGUAUCAAAAAAAAAAAAACCCUAACCAUGGGACUGUCUGUCCCUUUGGGCUCACGCCAUGCAAACUUAUUUAUUGUGCAACAAGGCCAAAUGCAAAGAGGUGCUGAAAAACUUUUUUCCGCACCCCCAAUAUGAGGUUGAGGUCAAACCUAAUCAAUACUAAAAAUUUUUGCUGCCUCAAUAAGGUUGUAUUAUGUCCAAACAUAAAACAUUAAGGUUAUAGUUUAAAAAAAUGCAUCUAAAGAUAAAAGUAAAUAAAAUAAAAGUAAAUAAUAAAUGUGUAAAAAGUAAAUGCCGCUAUCGAGGUCUGGGACUUAAGCUAACUUCAGGCACACCAGGGCCCUCACUCUCUAAGUAAAAAAAGUUCUAAACAUAAGGGGGGAGGGGUCAGCCAAACCUCAUGACCCAGCAAACAGUGCAAAAAAGUAAAAGCCUUUCCUAAUUAUAAGCUGCUACCCCGCAAACCCUUUCCCUAAAGUAUGUAAAAAUCUUUUUAGCUUUUAAGCAGCUAACACAGCAAACAAAAUAAACUGGGAAAACUAUUUUAUAAGCCGCUAAGCGAACAAAAUACUCCCUUGUGUCAUUAAAAUUUUUACAUAACAAUCCCUCUAAACAAUUCCCACUAAAAGGUACCUUCAAUUUAAAUAAAAUCAUACACCUCAAAAAAAAAAAAAAAAGCUACAAAAACCUCCAUAAGUCUCAAGUGCAAAAGCUAAAAAACUCCCCCGCAAAUUAAAAACUCAAGUACAAAAUUUAAAAACUAAAUGUAAUGCAACCAAAUGCCUCCCUACCCAAACUAUAUUGUUAACCCUCUCAGCUCUUUCAUAUCCCCAAUUAGUUAAAGCUAAAUGCAAAAAAAAAAGGGGGGGGGGGGGGGAGGGUUAAUUUAAAAAGUCAGUUUGGCCUAAAAAUAAAAAAAGCUGCCCUGCAUUCAAAAAUCAAAAAACAGAGACCAAGCCAAGCAGAAAAAACUGCUUUCAGCCCCAGCUGGCUGUAAAAAAAAUAAUAAACACACAUAAAACAAAAAGCAAAUAAGUUGCAAAACGAAAAUUACCUUUGCAAACAUUGGCCGCCCGGUAAAACCCAACAGUCUGCCUUUGCAACCCUAAAGCCAGAAUGGUUUGAAAACGCUAAAAAGGCCACGAACAGCCGGCCUAAACUAAAAUACCAAGCAAAGAUCUAUAAAAGGAACGCCCCAAAAAACCCAGGGCAUAAAAAUCCCUCCCAAAAGGAAUAGCAAGUUACAAAAUUUUGCAGCAUACCUCUAAACAAUCUAUACACAAAACAACCUACCAUCCACCUCUCUCUCUCUCUCUCUCUCCUACCCCCAGGGCUGGCCAGCCCGGGCAGCGUGCGUACAUAUAUAAAAGUGGGUCAAGGUUUAAGUAUUAACGUUUUUUCUUCCUUUAAGUAACAUAAAAGCAGUUCCUACACUCACCACUGUGUUAGUUUAUUAAUAAAGAUUUAAAAUUCAGUCACAUGGUGUGUGCUCUUCAUCUCCGCCCCUGCGAUCCUGUGGUCUUAGCCUAAUUAACUAAGGCACAGGCAAACUGGUAACAAAAAAUCUGAGACAGUUUAAGAAAAAAGUGCACACCAUCUAUCUGUUUUAUCCUUGUUAUUUUACGUUUGCUUUGUUUGGCACUGUUGGUAUUAUAGGUUAAAAAUUGCAUAAUUAAAAAUAAGCCCCACUCUCCAUUGUAGUAUGCCUAAAAACCAAAAAAAAAAACAAAAAACGGUUUAGCAUUCCUCUCUCCACCCCGGGCUGCAAACAAAAGGUGCAGGUGGGUCUACCCCAAGUCAUAGCAAAACUAAGCUAUAAAAAAAAUUUAAAAAAUAUGUGUACC